AUGCGCUCGCCCAUACCGCUCGCCUUUUUCCUCGUUGGCGCACUCUCCCAGGCCCCAUUGCUGUCCGACCCUACGCGAAAAUACGUUCUCGAUGUUGUCGAAAGAGCCCUGAAAGAAGAAGAUCCAGUAGUAAGGCAAGCCCUUGUCGCAUCCAUCGGCUUUCCUUACAUCCCGACUCAGAAUCGCGGCUGGAAAGGAUACGGACGCGUGAUCAUCUUCACCAGCAUCAUGCUGCUGAUUGUCAACCUCUUCUGCCUAUACGUCCUACUCUUGUGGAUCAAGUACGUCUUCCAAAAGCGCGGCAUUUACCAGCGGUAUCUGCGAUGGUCGGCCGCACGGGACCGGCGUAAGCAGCAGGAGGAUAUUCUGUUUGAGCAAGCAGACAAAGAGUGCAAACGAACUUGA